AUGUCUAAGACCUACAUUUGCUCUGCUCAUCCUGGCUGCAACGCAACUUUUACCAGGUUCAUCGACUUCAAGAGACACGAGGCCACAUAUUCAUCAGAUGGGUAUAUCUGCACCUGGCCCGGCUGCGACUUUGCGACAAAGAGGAAAUUUAACUAUGAGAUCCAUUCUGCUAAGCAUACGGGCGAGCAACGCUACAUCUGUCCUCACGAUGGUUGCAACUACAAGACCCACGACCCCGCUGGCUUCACGCGCCACCGCCAGAAACAACAUGGGUAUGUUGCUCUACCGCGCGGUCGUGGUGUUCCCUCCACAAAAGGGUCAGGUGGGAUUAAACUGUCAUCCCAGCCACCGGCACAGCUCCAGCCCCCGGCAGAGUUUCUUCCCCCUGCUACAUUCUCCCAAUACCAGUUCCAAUUUCAAGCCACGCAACUGCAACCCAUGCAGCUGCAACCCAUGCUACCGCAAACAAUGCAACUGCAACCUAUGCUACCGCAACCCAUGCAACUGCAGCCCAUGCCACCGCAGCCCAUUCAACUGCAGCUCAUGCAAUCGCAACCCAUUCAAUCGCAACCCAUGCCACCCCAGCCCAUGCAAUCUCAUCCCACUGAACAUAAACUCCAACACACUCAAUACCAAACCCCUCCACCUAUCUACGACUCAUUAUUGGGAGUCUUAUACGGCUCAACAGAUACCGCGGAUGACUAUACCAUGUAUACUCCACCCGCGAGGACCUCCAACGGGUGGACUGAGGGAUGCAUGUGUCCUGAAUUAAUGCAGAGACGCCCUUCGGAGAUGCUAGGGUAUGAAUAUUAG